AUUUAAACUGAUAUUUUAAGUACGGGCUAACAAAAUUCUAUACUUUCAAUUUCACAGCUGAUGCAAACAUGGACAGAGACGGUAUUUUAUCUUACUUCAAUUCACUUGUCAAAGAGGAUCCAAGUCUAUCAGUAGCUGUUGCAGCCAUUAAGACAUUACUGCAUUUUCUAGAGAAUAAUAAGAUUGAAACAUUAGCUGAAUUGCGAGACAGACUCAAGGAGGCAAUUCAGAUUCUUACAGAAACAGACAGCAGUACUACUUCUAUCUCCUCUGCUGGAGAGCUUUUCCUUCGCUUCAUCACCCUCACAAGUUUAGAACACCCUGAUAUUCAGGACUGUCAGCGAAUAUUGGUAGAAAGAGGAAAUGUCUUCUUAAACAAGAUCAAGAACUCUCGUCAGAAAAUUGGCAAACAAGCUCAACAGUUCAUUAGAGAUGGCACAACAAUAUUGACUCACUCAAAGUCCAGAGUUGUCCUUCAAGUUUUGAAAGAGGCUCAGCAAUCCAACAAACGGUUCCAUGUGUAUGUGACAGAAUCUCUACCAAACAAGUCGGGUUUGGAAACAUAUAAUGAACUUCAAGACAUGGAGAUCCCGGCAACAUUGAUACUAGAUGCUGCAGUUGGAUAUGUGAUGGAGAAAGUGGACAUGGUGCUGGUGGGAGCAGAAGGUGUUGUAGAGAGUGGAGGAAUCAUUAACAAGAUUGGAACAUACACAUUGGGACUUACAGCAAAGGCCAUGAAUAAACCAUUCUAUGUAGUGGCUGAGAGUUUUAAAUUUGCCCGUUUAUAUCCACUCAACCAACAGGAUCUUCCCAAUCAAUUCAAGUACCACGCAAAAGUGUUGAAGUCUAGUCCGGAUCUGAUGAAGGAGCACCCCCUGGUGGACUACACUCCUCCUUCCUACAUCACUCUACUGUUCACCGACCUGGGCGUACUCACCCCCUCAGCUGUCAGUGAUGAACUCAUUAAAUUAUACUGUUAACU